AUGCCUUUUCCAGUAAGCAAAGCGUAUGAAUCUGAGAUGUUUUGGGAGAGAUUUCACCACAGACAGAAGUCAUUGACCCCUAGAGGCUACAGUUCACUUAGCCAAAACUACACCGAAGAUGUGUUGAAGCCACUUCAACUGGAACCAAAGAGACAAAUCAUUAAAUAUCUGCAACUGGAGAAGGCACCAAAGGAGAAGAUCUCUGGCGCUGAUGACACUCUCAUUCUCGAAACCCCUCAACAUUCUUCACAGGAAAAUGAGAAAUUGCCACUUCAGUGUCUGCAGUUUCGGAAAAGAGAGGACAUGGUUUUACGCAAACAUCUGUGCCGCACAAGGCAGCACAUUGUUGCCGUGAAACAGGGGCGUGACUACUUUCACCUCCUCCAAAAGGAGGAGCAGGAGGCACAGGAGAAGCAGAGGAUCGAAAGAGAGAGGAGGGAGGAGUUAAGACACACUGAGCUUCGACCUCCCACUGUGUCUGAUUCAGAUGAGGACAGUGAUACAAAGAGGUGGCCUGACAUUGCAGCAACACACAUUUCUGAAUGGAAACACAACAGAAUGACAUUUUGGGCUGCCCGCCCUUUUACUCCCAUCCACAUAUCACUGACAUCAGCUCAGCCACAACUACUACCUGGAGAGCGUUUGUAUUGGCAGUUGUGCUGUCUGAACUGGCUGCUGGAGGCAUUGACUCAAGAACGUCCUGGAAGGUUUGGACCUGGUAUCGCCUGUUGGGAUGCUAAGGACCCUGGAAGAAGCAGAACCAUGAUGAAGAGGCUGAAUAAGGAAAAGGCAAUAGAGGCCAAGUGGGAGCAGUUUAUCGCCCCUCCGAAGACACGGCAUCUCACAUCCAGGCCACCACGCAUCUCUUCAGGACGACACCUAACCUGGAAGUCUUCGACUGUCAGUGUUGCUCCUUCCUUACUAACAGUGUCAUCAGUGGGCAGCUUGUCAUCUUUGGCACCUGCUCCAGAACACACCUGUAAUGAGCCUGUCUUCAGUGAGGGUUUCGAGAUUGUGAAAGAAUCCCAUCCUGAUCCAACACCCUCAGAAUAUCUUCAGAAGCUCCUUCAAGAAGUGUACCAGAAUGUUCUUAAAGUCUGUGGUACUUCAGAAAGUGAAUUUAUCUCUGUACCAGACAGAAUCACAUCUAUGAUGUCAGUCAAAGUCCAUCCUGAGAGUGAACAAAAUACAAGCGCUGAUGAGAAGAUAGAGUCUCAGAGAGUGAAGAGUUCCCCUGGACGACAAACCUCGGACACUAGCCAGCUUGUCCACGAGAAGGAAGCCAUGCUGAAUGAGAUAAAGGCAUAUUUUGUGGGCAAAACAAAAGAGUUGACACUAAGUUUGUCCGAUGCUCUGGACCGCACUGCUAAGAAGAGAUUGGAUUUUGGGGUCCAGAGAGUCCGGUCUCCUUGCAAUAUGGCAUCCCGUGGACGAAUCCAUUCUGCUGUGUCCACCUUCACUUCUGUGGCCUCUAUAUCAACAGUGCAGCACUCAAAACACCCUGAUACCACUGAGGAUCCUUACAGUACUCAGUGGCUCUCGGCGUUGCUAAGUAGCCUGGCCCCCAUCAAACAUUCAGACAGGAGGAUAACAUGUAUACUGGGAAAGUUGAGUAGAUUUACAGAAGGUGACACACUUCGAGUUCAUCCGCACAGCUUUCUCAGGGUCCUAAACUCCCUCCAAACCUGGGAGCUUUGCUACCCGGACCUGUGUGUGGCAUUAGAGAUAGUGAGGCAGAAUGUGGUAAAGAUGCCUGAAGCAGAAUACGACACAUGGCUUCACAGCAGAGUCAACCAAUCACAGUCCACCAAGAGUGCAACACACAACUUUUUUGCUAUCAUAACAAACUCACAAAUUGCAUAAAUGUUUUUGCGAAUAUCUGAUCCAUUUAUUUGCUGUAUUACAUAAAAUCAUUAUUUUACAGUAUUUUUUCCCCUCUAGUACGAUGAUGAAUUAUUAUAUUAAUAUAAUGGUGAAAUGAAUGAGAAUCACCUUUUAUAAUUACAAAAUACAACAAAAAAGUUCUUUUCUGAGUACUUUUCUUCUGAUGUUGGGGGAAAAAACAUGACCCCUAAAUAUUCUUGACAGGCACACUUUUUCUUUCUCAAAAAGAGAUUUU